CUAAGGCUUGCCUGGGUGGGAAUCCUGGUGGGAAUCCUGGUGUGGUUCCUGGAUUGGGAUGGGUCAGAUCUUAGUACCUGAUAAGUACGUAUUUCCUUUGUCCAGAUCACUAUUUCUUUUCCCAGGGGGCCCAAUUACUGGCUUAUACAGGAUCAGGGUUGCGAUAGUUGGAGCAGCGGUGGUUUGGCCAAUCGAAGAGCAAGCAUUCUUAAGGCUGGUUCCGCGAUCGGGUUACUUUACCAUCUUUCGAUCCACAUACUUACUACUAGUACUCUUCUUCUAUUCUCCAUUCAUCGAGCGGAUUACUUAUCAUCGAUUGAUACCCAACAUCUUCUCGACUAUUUACUACUACUUAACCCUAGUAGUACUUGCUAUUCCCAUGAUGAACAGCCGGGAUGUGUUGUGAUUGGCCAUUGUUAGUGGCGGCACAAAGCACUGCCUUCCUUCUUCAUCUCCCCCACACACACCACAGCCUUGUCACUGUGUUGUUGU